AGGUGGCUGAGGCGCUGCGGCGCGGGCUGCAGAUGUCGGACCUGCGGGCGGCUGAGGGGCCUGGCGUCCGGAGCCCCGCAGCCCGCCAGGGGCCUGCGCGCGGCGUCGGGGACGGCCCGGGAGUGGAGGGGAGCCAGGCGGCCGCCUCAGAGAAUGAAGAUCUAGAGAACACCAAGGUCACCUCUCUAGCGGCUUCUGCCUCUGAUCCAGAACCCCAUUCCUCACCCUACAGGCCACAGAUGGUAUCUCCAGUGAGGGACGAUGCCUCGGAAGAUCAGCAGAAGGCAGCCAGUGCCGUGGAGGCUGAGGCCUCGGUGGAACAGGAACUGCUGCCUGCAGACCAGGCCCAGGUCCUCAGCAAGAUGCCCAAGUACCACGGUCCACAAAGGUCUGGGGACAUCGUUAUGAUCCAGUCUGAACACACAGGAGCUAUAGAUAUUCUUUCAGCUGAUUUGGAAUCUGCAGACCUUCUGGGGGACCACAGGAGAGUCUCCCCACCUCUGAUGGCUCCUCCGUGCAUCUGGACCUUUGCCAAGAUGAAGGAAUUCAAAAGCAAGCUGGGCAAAGAGAAGAACAGCCGACUGGUGGUGAAGCGGGGUGAAGUGGUUACCAUCCGGGUACCUACCCAUCCAGAGGGGAAGCGUGUCUGCUGGGAGUUUGCGACCGAUGACUAUGACAUUGGCUUUGGAGUUUACUUUGACUGGACCCCUGUAACCAGCACUGACAUAACGGUGCAAGUCAGUGAUUCCAGUGAGGAUGAAGAUGAAGAUGAGGAUGAAGAGGAGGAGAUUGAAGACCCUGUCCCAGCUGGAGAUGUGGAGCGAGGCUCCAGGAGCUCCCUGCGGGGCCGCUAUGGGGAGGUCAUGCCUGUGUACCGGCGGGACAGCCACCGAGACGUGCAGGCCGGCAGCCACGACUACCCUGGCGAGGGCAUCUACCUGCUCAAGUUCGACAACUCCUAUUCCCUGCUGCGCAACAAGACUCUCUACUUCCACAUCUACUACACUAGCUGAAGGCCCGCUGGGACGGGAGGCAGGCGGCGUUCACUGGCUGGAGCAGGCUGCCAGCUGGGGCCUCUUGUUUUCGAUGAGCAAGAGCUAAAAGCUGAGCGUGGGGCUCCUGACCCUCACACCCUGCCUGGUGUGCCUGCCUGUUGACCCCAUGUAGCUUUGCCCCCGCCUUGGCUUCUGCAGACGGUGGUGUAGUGCUCCUGUUCUGUGGUCCCUGACUCACGCUCUUCUUGCUUUAGACUCCAGCAAAAUCUCUCUGUGGAGGAAAUCAUCAGGCAAAAGCCUAAGAGGAAGUUGGGUGUUGCCUUUUAAAAACAGAUUUGUUUUGGUACAAGGUGUAUUAUUUCAGUUGCUGCUGUCUCCUCUUCCAGAGCCUUUAUCACAGGUGUGUUUAGUGGCACCCCCUCUCUUCACUUUCUGAAAGGGCUGGAAGAGAGCAAAGCACGUUGUCCGUGAAGGAACCCAGUCUCCUGGAUGGAGAAGGCUCUGUCCAGCCUCUCACCACUGCCAUAUUCCCGCCUGCUGGUUCUUCGUGGUCUCUAGCACAGGCUGGGAGCCCUCACUGCCUCUGGGGGGUGUUAUUAGUCCUGAUGGUUUGACUCCACCUCUUUCUCUCCUCUUUUCCCUUUUCUAAGUCUGUGUCUUUGCCAUUACAGCAAGAAUUUCCAUGCAAUCCAAAGUGAUGAUCACUGUAGUCUAAGAUAUUCUGGGAAGAAAAACUGCCUCCAUCACUUCCUAUUUCACGGGGUGCUGGUGGUCGAAGGGGAAAGGGUGGAAAUUAGGUACUGGGAUCUCAGAACCCAUCAUUUUGAAAGUCAAGUGUUAACGAAAUUAUUUAUUUUGUAUAAUCAAAGAAAGAGGGGUGUAAUCUGAGAGAGGAGGUUAAAAAAACAAACAAAAAAAACCACUCCAGAUUCCCCACGGCUUUUUUGUCUUGUUUUGUCUUUGUCUUUAGGAGUGUUACUUAGAAAUUUUGCUUUGGAAUCAGUCAGAUUUCCAGAGUUCCUGGAUUUAGGUUUCUUGCAUUGAGGGCUCAAAGCUUUUGGUAUUCAAAGCCUCUUAGGGAAGGUGAUAAUGAGGCUUCACUGUUGCUGCUGGUGUAUUUGUUCUUUACCAGGCUGAAGCCUGCACGUCCCUGGUGGUGGCCUUUUCCGCUCUAUGAACCCUGGGGCCCAGGCGCACCACGGGGUGCUGCAGCCAGUGUCACUGGAGCAGCAGGGUGUCUGGGCCUCCGGCAGAGGAGGAGGCAGAGAAGGGGCCACUGCGAUUGUCUUUACCUCCUUCUUUCUUAUUCCUUGUGUCAAGCCUGUUACUGCCUUAGCAUUUUGAGGAAUAAUUAGAUUUAUUUAUUACUUUAUUUAUUUUUAAAGCACAUUUCAUUUUGCCUUUGAAACAGUUUCCGUCUGUUUCUCAGAAGGCUUCCAUCUGCUCUGAGCCAUUGAGGCCACCUCUUCUGUGGAGUUAAAGACGACAGUUUCAGGAGAAAUUGGGAAUGGAUAAUGUUCCACUCCUGCAGGCCAGUCCUGUGAUGCUUUGGGAGAAGUCUGCUGCUUCUGAGAUGGAUGGAUGACGCCAGCUUACCCCAGCACUCCCUGUGAGGAAUUCUAGGUUGUGAGGGAAUCUGCCCAUUUGCCCAGGAUUAAGUGCAGAGGACUUGACUAGCCAACGAGAGGCAUCCUGUGAUUGCAGGACUUCAGAGUCCUUUGCUUCUUCACGAUGUUUCCUUUAGCUCAUUCCUUCCUUGUGUGGGUGCCUCACACCAAGCCUCCCCUCUGCACAGAAGCAGAAACUCAAAGACCAGGGCUUCUUACAAUAGGUCUAUAGUGGCACCCACGUCAUGAACACAGGGCGAUACAGCCGCAUCUUCUGUUCCUCUGGGAGCGAAGCCCCAAGUAGGAGAGGAUGCUGUGACCACCAUAGCAUCCCCAUCCUCUGAGCAGCCUCAUACCUCCUUUAUUUUAUAUUUGAGUGCAUUUUGUAGAGGAUUAUACUGGCCCAAAUUUGUGUACCUUGUAAGAAGUUAGAAAUUAUUUUAUUGACUGCCUAUUUGGGCAGUGAAAGCAAACUUGCUGUGCGUUAUCCCAUCAGGUAUCUGUGUGACCUCUCUUUUCAUCACUGACGUUGAAAUCAUGCCUUAGCUAAUUAAGCUUAGAAUAGAAUCUUUAUAAAAUAAUUUUCUACUGAGCUGUUUUCCAGUUGGCUAAAGCCUGGCUUAUCUUUCCUGUUUAUUAUUAACCUCUGACUUUCUCUUCAAAUGGAGCUGUCCGGGCAUUGGAAGCUCCCUGGGAUAGCAUUUACUGCUUGUUUUUGCCAUAAGAGUCUCUGUACUUACUUUCUUUGGAAUCCUGGUUCUGUCGCAUCAGGGAAGCCUGAGGGACUUGUUCCCGUUGCCUCUGUGUGCCUCCUAUUGUCUGGUCACUUUUGAAGUCCUGGACGUUGUUACAUUUCAUUCUGUACUGGUGUUUCCUUAACAGUCAGUGCUCUUUGAUCCAGUCACAAAAAAUAGCUAAGAGAAGAUAUUUUCACCAUCUCAUUAAUUCACUAUCCUAUGUUAAGUAUCUGAAAUUACUGAACUUUAGGAACAAAAUAUUACUGACCGAACACAAGUAAUUAUUGAGAAUUUCAUAGUCCAGCAAAUCCCAAGAGAUAGUCACUUCCUUAGUCUCACACUGUCUCAGUUUACAGAACCAAGCAAUGAAAUGAAAAUCAUUUGCUUUCACCUUCACCCUGUUCUUUAGAGUAUAAAUAAAUACUAACAUACAAUGGAAAAAAAGUACCUCAUAGUAGGAGAAGAGACGAGAAUUCUCUCCACAGAGUGGCGAAGUUCUUAAGUUUCUUCAGUUUGUUGAGUUUUGCUAUUUUGUUGAGAGAUGGGGCUUUUAGAAAGUUUAGAGUAUUAAUUUUUCCCAGCAUUUUAUUUUGAAAAAUUUUCAGCAAACAGGAAAUUUAAAAGAAGUAUAUAGUAAGCACACUUACGUAUAUCUAUUACAUAGAUGUUAAAAUUAUAAACUGCUAAUUUUUAAACAAAGAUGAUUCUGCCAUUCUGUUCCUUUUGACAAGAAUCCGACAGACUGUGUUCCCUGCACAGACAUCAGCUGUCCUGUGUCAGAAAACUGGUGUUUUAGCAAACCUGUAUCAUUCAGUGCCAGUUACCUGGGGAGGCAGUCCUCAUAAAAAUGUUUCUCAGUCUCCAUCUUUCAAAACUCAUGCUGUAUUUCCCCUCUCCCUCAGUCUGUAAUUUCUAAUGUUUUCUUCUUUACCUGGCGUGUCAGAGUGAAGGUGAUUGUGAAACUGCUCUGGAAGGACUUUAAUCUAAUCUCUGUUGCUUUCCAACACAUCCUCAGGACUCUGAAAUUAAAACUCAAUCCUCAGACAAUAUAUGUAGCUUUAAAAUGGACGUAAGUAGCAACUUGAAAUUAGGCCAUUCUUAGUUAUUUUUUUCUUAAUUGAUUCAUGCACUUUAAAAAUGUUUUUACCUGCUAUUUAGGAAAGAAAAUCUUAGACUUUUAAUAAGUAUAUAUUGUCCCUUAUAACAUGUAUAUGGAAGAGUUAAACCUGAAAGCUUACUGUCUUAUCUUAAUCAUUGAGUUUAGAUAUUAUUGUAAAACAUCAUUUAUAGAAAAUAUCUGUGUAUAUGUUUUUGAUGAGCCCUAUCCAGUCCCUCUUUGAAAGAAUUAGAUGAAACCCAAACCCUAACGUCUGUACUUUUAUAUUUAUUUUAAGACCACUUUUCUGCAAAAGGUUGCCUUUUAACCCCAAAGUAUAAAGUUCUAAGGUACAGAGCUGAGUGACCGUAAUAUUUACACAAAAGGCUAUUGUUUUAGAGGGAGGGGCAAGCAUGAAACAGUUCAUGCAGCUUGAGAACUGCCUUUUUAUAUUGAUAGUAAGGGAUGAGAACAAUGAGAGGAAGAGAGAAAAGCUAUCAAAUGUAUCCCAGAAUUUUGCUCACAUCCUGAUUCUGUGUAGUUCUUUAGUUUUCAUUUCAUCCACUGGAGUUGUGGCCAGAAGCCACACUGGUUCUCACUCUGCUUGCUGGAGAAAUCCCAAACCCACUCUGCAGUCUUUUCCAACAAGAUCAACUCUAGAAAUAUUUUUGAGUGGGUCUCCUCUGCUAAGUGUAAUCCUGACCUGAAGGUUGAUUUCGUCUCUGUAUUCUCUGAGACUUGUGAGUCCAGCGCCAUGGAAAAGGAUAGUGAGCUUAGGAAGAGGCUCGCAGGGGUUCCAGCUGUGCCUCUGUAGCCUCAGUUGGUUGUGACUAUGGCCCUUAAGGGAUGAAACAGGUUAAUUUUGACCAGCAUCCCAGAAGGACCUCAAGCCACAAGAGUGUAUUUUGAACAAGCUCUGCCCUCUGUAGGCUGACUUCCCUGGGAGGUGUAGGAAUGGCCAUCUUCUUUAAUCUGUGUGGGACAGUCACACAUGCAGCAGGCAAUGGGACUGACCGAACAGACACAGCUUGUUCUUCCUUUUAGAGAUUCCAUUUAGAAUUUCUCCUGGGUCUAAAAGGUCCACACUAACCACUUUAGCUCGUCCCUUUCCACGUGGCCAAAAGUGUAGACCUUUUGGAAACCUGAACUUGCUAGGAAAGGAAAGAGCACCAUCCCUGUAGAAUCUCAGUGGUUGAAAAGAGAAAGUGAGUUUCUGUCUACAGGAAGGUGAUUGCAUUUUUGUUGUGCGGAGUAGCUUGUGCAGGGAUUUUUACUCUUUAGCGAGCAGGUCAUCAUAUCCGUCGUAUUUGAUUGUGCUCCUGGAGUCAUGAUGCAUGAUUCUUUGAGGAGGAAAUAGGGAAUGGAUGUCUAAAACCAGUCACAAGUAUAUGGUGAGUAUUCAUAUGGCCAGAGUCCCAGUUUUCAUGUACAUGGGAUCCUGCCACUAGGCCCUCAUUUCCAUGCAGCUGAGAGACUAGGCCCCCUCCACUUCUCUUAUUGUUGGUAUUGUUUAGCACUGGCAGCAUUGUGUCCAAGGCCUCAGUUUACCUAGUUAACCAGAAUUAAAUCAUAGUGUGAGUUGAGUAGAUAAGGCCAUCCACCUUGCUUGAAAGUAAGGGCCGGGGAGGGAUUAUGACUUACAGUCCCACAUGGCAGUAGCUGGGUAACUCAUGUAUGACUGUGCGGGUGGAACUCUUGUUAACCUUACCAAGUGAGUGAAGAGGAUGUGGCAGUGCUGUGCUGAUGGGGACGACAGAUUAACUGAGUUGCCUAAGAGAUAGAGCAAGGCCUGCAUCUCCGGGAACUAGGUUCUGUCACCAGCUGUGAGUGGGAAUCUCAGAGUGCACGUGCAGCGCCACACGUUCUCGGAGUCUGGCUUCAGAGUCCACUAAAGGAGCCAGUCUUCUGUGGGCAGUGGCUUUGGCCUUCUCCAAAGGAGAACCUCCUGGGGGUUGAUUCCUGGUGGCCUCUUUUCUGGGAGUGGGUAGAGGUACCCCAGCAAGAACCGCUUUGGCUCUCUUGGUACCUGGUUAUGGUCAGUGUUGCCUCUUCGCUCUGUCCAACCAGUCCAGCACCUGUGGGCACUCGUUUGACAUCUACCCAGUUAUUUAGGUAGUGAGGUUAGGGCAGGAUUUGGGACCCAGAGGGUGAGAGAAACUUUGCUAAGUAUUGUGUGGCCAGAUUUCAGAAAUCACUGAUCCCUCUGGGGUGUUGCAUGUCCCUGCCUGAACCAAGAAGGCUGAGCACAACCCCUCCUAUUUUACAGUCCUGUCACCAACCUACGAAAACCCAAUUAAUUGCCUAAAGCCUUGAUAAGUGGGGUCAUUCCCUCAAAAACUAAGUCCAAGGGCACAAGACUCUGGCUUUGAAAUUAUUUGUAGUCCCGGUCACUGGUUUGAACUCAUGAUCUGAUUUCUUUUUUCCUUUUUUUGUAUUUUAACUUGCAUUUCUUUAUUCACACAGUUGAGAUUUUCAGUGAGUUUGAUAAGCCGCUAUGUUUUCUCUCGUACAAUCUGUAAGUUGACAUUCCUUACCCAUCUAUGCGAUUUCUUAUUUGUGAGAGCUUGUAUGUUACACACCGUUGUAGUCACUUGACUCUGAUUUUGUUCAGGUUUCUAACACUGUAUUGGAUUCUUAAUAAGUGGUUCAAUGAUUAUUCCUUCAUUCAACACUGAUCUGUCAAACACCCACAAGCAUGCAGAACCGCACCCAGGGACACGCUGAUGAAGGGGGUGAAUCUCUCUUCUUCACCAGUAAUUCUGUUGCUUCGAAAUGUUUCAUUCCUCAUGCUUCUCAAUUCUGAUAUAGACACACUUCUCUUUUAUGUUGCAUUUUCAUGGGUUUUUAACAGUUUAGUCCCCAAACAUGCUCUUCUUCACUCUUAAGAGAUGAGGAAAAGGUGCCCCAGAAAUCUGGAGAUACAAGCUUUUAAAAAAUUAAAUUCCAUAGUUUUCUGUCAUUUUAAGCAGACAGUUUUGACUUAUCUAGGGAUAAAAUAAUAAAUGUGAAGUGAUUUCCAGGGGACAAAGUGUAUUUUCUAAAUGUCCUGAUAUAGGGUCACGAACAAUUGUUAAAUUUUGGUUUAAAAUAUUAUAGUACAUGGAAUUACAGAAGAGUCCUUACCUCACCGUCAGGUAAAGAAGCUCUUUUCCUGAACUCUUUUCCUCACUCAGGUUUGAAAUGCCUUGUCUGUAAUAUUACCUGUGAUUGAUUGUUAAUAUUGGUUUUCAGGUUCAGGCAAGAAUCAUCUGGAAAACAUUAUCCUAAUUCCUUCUGUCAUGUCCUAAGCAGUACAUUUUACUAAGAAAUUCUGUAUUAAAAACUCCACUAACAGCACUUUCUGAGAUUAUCAUCCCAUAAAUGAAUUUGUUUUUAUUUAGUCAAGUUGAAUCAUUUCCAUUUAGCCAUGUUGAAGAGCAAGUGAAGUCUGGAGAAAGCAAUCCAGUAACCCAUGACUCUGGUGUACCAAUUUCCCUUAAUAAUGGGAAGUGUUUUGAAAUCCCCAGAAGAAAGGUGCUUUGUAAUCUAAGUGAUGGAUUAUAAGAAAGCCAAACUUUGGGUAAGGAUAAUUGGAAUAGAGGAGGUGCUUGAAGAUUUCCUAAACUGCUUUAUGCCAUUUAGCUUAUGUUUCCUGCUUUGGUGCCAUGCACUGAGAUCUAUCAGUUGAUUGAAAGAUGAUCACACUUUCUUGGUAAAUAUAUAAGCAAUUGGCAACCACAAAAGCAUUCUUUUAUCAUGCACUGAUGCUGACAUUACAAAAAGGGGUCUGGGAGGGAAACAGUGUCACACUCUUUUCUUUAAAAUCAAAGUAUCCCAAGCAAUUGUUUAUUUCAGUCAGCUUUUUUACAUGUUUCCUAUUAUGAGAAAUGCUGUCAGCAUCUCCAAUGAUUUCUAAGAGCUCUGAACCAAAUUGUUAUUUAAUUGUUAUGUCCUGCUGAGUGGUUUUUCCCUUAAAAUACCACAUUUUUACCACCCUGUGGCACUGAAUGUGUGCUGAGAUAACAGAUGAUUCUGAGCUAUGGUUCCUGAAAUAGCUCAGUUCUUGUGUUUUUAUAUUAUGUAACAGUUUUGUGAUGCUUUUGUGCAUUCUUUAUCUUCUCUUCAGUUUUGAAAUCAUAAACUUUUUCACUAUGCACCUGAAA